AUGGCAACAACUACAUCUCCUCCAACAAAGUUAAUGAAUUCCUAUCAAAUAGUACCAAUCGAUACAAAUCAACCAGUCCUUCAGAAUCAUAAUAUUAAUAUUAAUAAUAAUAAGUCCACUCAAUCAUCAUCAUCGACAACAACAUCAUCAACAACAAAUAAUGUUAGUAGUAGAGGUAUGCCAAUUAGUUAUCAGAAAUGGGGAGAGAUUAAAUUGUACAGCAGCUUCAUAUUAGAGUUCGCAACGGAUGCACCCAAUCAUCCGAUGACCAAAGCAUUGUUGGCCGACCUUUAUAAUAUAUCAAGAGUGCUAGUCGAAGUAGUGGACAGUGUAUACUAUGACUCAUUUCACAAUAAGGAUAUAUCUCAGAUAUCCAAUAUCCAACAACAAUCGAUAUCAACACCACCAUUAACAUCAGGGUACAAUCAAUCACCUCAACAUCAUCAUCAUCACAAUAACUACCAAUAUUACGAUCAGUUGGAAAGACAGAUGGUCAAUCUUUCACAGCGGCCAAACAAUACUCCAACAGCAACAACAACUACACCUGUACAUUCACCGCCAAAUAUUAACCAUGGAAACAACAAUAACAAUAACAACAACAUUACAGCUACAACAACACUUUCAACUAGUAAUCCAAAUAUUCCAACAUUAUAUCUACAACAUCAACAACUUGCCAAUCAGAUCAACAGCAACAGGAUGGCCAACUCACAACCAAACACACCUCCACAAAUGUCAGGAUUGGGAAUGGCUAUGGCGAACUCGACCACUCCACCAUCGCCAUCAUCAAUGAUGAUGAUCGAUCAGCAACAGCAGGUAACACCAGGCUCCACACCAACUAUAUCAUCCUGCUCAAACUCUACGACAUCAAACACUUUGGGGACAGUCGCGGGCAAGUCCAUUAGUCCUCGCGCCAAGACCAUGCACAUGCAUCACAAGAACUUCUCUGGUGAAGUAUUCUUUGAUGACUUAUCAUCCGACAAACCAAGAAGACGGAGAAGGACCGUCUACACGGCCAAGCGUAAUCUAAAGUGCCAGUACUGUCAUGUGACCGAGACACCAGAGUGGCGUCGAGGACCAAACGGUGAUCAUACAUUAUGUAAUGCUUGUGGACUUCACUAUGCCAAGUCUUUGAAGAAGAAGAAUGCAGCUGAAUUGGAAGAGAAGGAGAAGGAGAAGCGGGAAGAGAGCGAGAGGAGGGAGAAGGAAAAGGACACCAGGAAGCAUUCAAUCGACUUUGUGAUCGAGGCAUCUGACCCAUCACAGCAACAACUUCCAAUGAUGGAU